AUGCCUGCUCUAGCUUGUGUUGAUACUCCCGUCGAUGCGUUUUCCGGUGACUGCGGAAUCUUCAUUCCAAAUUCCGCCUCCGUUGUUGGCGGCUCUUGCCAUUGGUCUCCAUCGCUCUCCGCUUCGCUUUACCGAAUCGACGGAUGGGGUGCUCCGUAUUUCACCGCCAAUUCCUCCGGUAACAUCUCCGUUCGUCCUCAUGGCUCAUACACUUUGCCUCACCAAGACAUCGAUUUGAUGAAGGUCGUUAAGAAUGCGACGGAUCCGAAAUCCUCCGGUGGUCUCGGUUUGCAGCUUCCUCUUAUCGUACGAUUCCCUGACGUUCUGAAGAAUCGGCUUGAGUGUCUUCAAUCUGCGUUUGAUUUCGCUAUCCAGACUCAAGGCUAUGAUUCUCAUUACCAAGGUGUUUAUCCUGUGAAAUGUAACCAAGAUCGAUUCAUUAUCGAAGAUAUCGUUGAAUUCGGAUCGAGUUUUCGGUUUGGAUUGGAAGCUGGUUCGAAACCUGAGAUCCUUCUGGCUAUGAGCUGUUUGUGCAAAGGUGAUCCUGGUGCUUUUCUUGUGUGUAAUGGUUUUAAAGACGCUGAGUAUAUCUCACUGGCGUUACUUGGGAGGAAACUGGAAUUGAACACUGUGAUUGUUCUUGAGCAAGAAGAAGAGCUUGAUUUAGUUAUUGAUUUGAGUAAGAAGAUGAAUGUUAGGCCUGUGAUUGGGUUACGAGCUAAGCUGAGGACUAAGCAUUCUGGUCAUUUUGGUUCCACUUCUGGUGAGAAAGGCAAGUUUGGAUUGACCACGGUUCAGAUUGUUCGUGUUGUGCGGAAGCUUCGUCAAGUGGGUAUGCUAGAUUGCCUCGAGCUGCUUCAUUUUCAUAUCGGUUCACAGAUUCCGUCAACGGCUUUGCUCUCCGACGGUGUAGCUGAGGCUGCUCAGCUUUACUGUGAGCUUAUCCGUCUUGGUGCUCGCAUGGGAGUUAUUGACAUUGGUGGUGGGUUAGGGAUUGAUUACGACGGGUCGAAAUCCGGCGAAUCGGAUCUUUCUGUUGCUUACAGUCUUGAGGAGUAUGCUGCAGCUGUUGUGGCAUCCAUUAGGUUUGUUUGUGAUCAGAAAUCUGUGAAGCAUCCAGUGAUAUGCAGCGAGAGCGGUCGAGCUAUUGUCUCUCAUCACUCGGUUUUGAUCUUUGAAGCUGUCUCAGCUGGUCAACAACAUGAAACCCCAACUGAUCUUCAAUUCUUGCUUGAAGGGUACUCGGAGGAAGCUCGAGGUGAUUACGAGAAUCUUUACGGUGCUGCGAUGCGUGGUGAUCGCGAAAGCUGCUUGCUUUAUGUUGAUCAGCUGAGGCAGAGUUGUGUUGAAUGGUUUAAAGAAGGUUCGUUGAGCAUUGAACAGUUAGCUGGUGUUGAUGGGUUAUGCGAGUGGGUGAUUAAGGCGAUUGGGGCAUCGGAUCCGGUUCUUACUUACAAUGUCAAUCUAUCGGUUUUCACUUCGAUUCCUGAUUUCUGGGGGAUUGAUCAGCUUUUUCCUAUAGUCCCAAUCCAUAGGCUUGAUCAAAGGCCCAUGGCGAGAGGGAUCUUAUCAGAUUUGACUUGUGACAGCGACGGAAAGAUCAACAAGUUCAUAGGCGGAGAGUCGAGCUUGCCGUUGCACGAGCUGGACAACAAUGGCUGCAGCAGCGGGCGAUACUAUUUGGGAAUGUUCCUGGGCGGGGCUUAUGAGGAAGCUCUGGGUGGAGUCCACAAUUUGUUCGGUGGGCCAAGCGUGGUUCGGGUUCUGCAGAGCGAUGGACCUCAUGGAUUCGAAGUGACCCGUGCUGUGAUGGGUCAAUCCUCUGCGGAUGUCCUCAGAGCAAUGCAGCAUGAGCCAGAGCUCAUGUAUGAGACUCUUAAACACCGAGCUGAGGAGUUAUCUUCGGUCCAGGCGCAGAGGAACAACAAAGCUGGUGCUGAAAAACUAGCUGCAUCGUGUCUAGCUCGUUCAUUCAACAACAUGCCUUAUCUUUCCAUGGAAACGUCCACAAACGCUCUCACCGCAGCCAUCAACAACCUCGGCGUUUACUACCGCGACGAAGCACCUGGUGAUGGUGGUAAGGAUGAGAAAUGGGCUUAUUUCGGAGGUGUAUUGAAAGAGACUUGA